AUGUGCAGCCCAUUUUCUUGUUACAGUCCAAUCUAUGACGGGGUGACUAGCACCGGUGUGAUACUAGACUUCACCGAGUUCAUCAAGUGUCGUAUUCAGUAUCCAGCCACGGACUUUAUUACACCUAGUCUCAUUCAGACUGCACUGUUUACGUGGGCAAAAGGGGAACCGUCAGGUACCUUGACUUCAGAGUCAUGUGUUUGGGUCAGUAAAACUGACUGGCGUUGGUACUUAUCAGACGAUUGCUCCAUCGAACUGCACUACGCAUGUCAGAACUUAGACGAGCCUGACGAUUGGACAAUCAGUGUGUCUCCUGGACCCAGCGAUCCAAUCAGAGCCAAGUGCCCACCUGGAUACAAAUUCAGCAUACCGCAGGAUGGAUACAGAAAUCAGAAGCUUCGAGAGUCCUCGUCUGGCUUGUCUCUCUGGAUCAACUACCAACCAUGGCUUCCUGAAUCUGCUGGAUCAACAGCGCCCUAUGUUGUAUCUUCCGUCGGUGCGGUUGUUGAUCCAUCAUGCACGGGGCUGAGUAAAUCUGUCAUGUGUACCAAGUGUAGUGAGGACACCGGCAAGUGUAUGCAGGGCGGGGUACCAGUUGACACCUGGUUGCAAUUUGCCACUAAAACACAGCGUGACCUACAGAUGGAUGAACAGUUCCACAGACUGCAGAUGCUUGAUGCACAUAAUGGCUACAACACCAGAGCCGAUGGUUACGGUGUUGAGGACACGUGCCCAUGGCCGCCACCAUACCCACAGGACUGUGACAACUAUGCUAAUCAAGAAUUCAGCUUCACUGACUUACUCAAUAUGGGUGUCAGGGCCCUGGAGAUUGACAACUGGUACUGUUUCAACCAGAUGCGCCUGGCUCACCUGGGGUCAACCAUUGACCUUGUGUGCAGCGUCACUGAUAGGCUGUUCUCUGAGGGUAUCAAGGAGAUCGCUGAUUGGUUGGAUCAACCUGGCAACGAACACGAGCUGGUGAAAAUAUACAUGAACGAGAAGUAUGACCAGGGAAAUGACGACACCGUCAAUGGUCCCCUUGGAGACUACAUGGGCAAGAAAAUACUGACCCCUUCUGACCUUUCGGAUACGUACGGAGGAGAAUGGCCCACGAUGAGAACGAUGAUCAAGGAUGGUAAGAAUGUGGUGAUUGCGAGCGGUAGUACUGCAGGGAGUGGUGAGGCUUACACCCACGGUGGAGUUUACAUUCACGCUAUCUUCUGGGAGGAUCUCAAAGUCAGCGCGUUCACAAACUAUCCCGAUUGCGGCGGUAAGACUCUUACGAACAACCUGAGGUUUUACAGUGAUGCCACGCACUACGGGACCAAUGUGACAUUGAAGCACGAUGGGCCGUCAACAACCGGCGUCAUCUUCGACUUCAGUGAGUACGUUAAGUGUCGAGUACAGAACCCCGCCACCGAUAUGAUCACACCGGAGCUUGUCAGCACUGCAGUGUUUACUUGGGCUGUAGGCGAGCCAACAGCACCUCCCACGUCAGAUUCGUGUGUGUGGAUUAGCAAGACAGAUUGGCGCUGGUACCUGUCCGGAGACUGUUCUGUUGAGCUAUACCACGCAUGUCAGAGCACCAACGACCCCGAUGAUUGGACCAUCAGUUCAUCAAUGUCUGCUUUUAGUCCAACGAGCAGUGGGUGCCCAGAUGGGUACACAUUUAGCGUACCGCAGGACGGCUUUAGAAAUCAAAAGCUCAGAGAUGCGAGUAAUGGCAAUUCUGUCUGGAUUAAUUUCACACCCGACGAAGAAGUGUCUGCAGCGCCCUCAUUCGGCCAGUCAUUGACAUUGUUGCUGUUGAUGUGCACGGCAAUCGCCCAAUUUUUACGAGUUUAG